GUGACAACUUUCAAUUCAUGAAAUGACAACACAAUGCAUGUCAUGUCAGCUGACAGGGGUUAUUUUUAGACUGUAGACUGUCUACAUGUGCGGACAAAAAUUUGAGUAUGGCACACGUUAAUGUGUCAGAAACAAGUUCCUGAAUGUGCAAGCCAAUUCUAAAGACUACACCAUACUAAGAUCAUAAAGUGAUCUGUAGUUGGGCAGAACAAGAAUUGCGGAAUACUUGAUCUUGUUUUCAGGUGUACUAACCAUGCAUGACCAACACAAUAGAGUUCACAGCAUGCAGCAUGGUUGACGAAAUCAUGUAGUCUGGUGUCACACGCGAGAGAAUUUCUGAUAGAAAAAUAUUUUCUUCCUUGUUUCAAGAAGUGUGCAGUGGAUUAAGCAAUCCUCACUGUGUAUCAUUCAGACAUCCUGUGACAAGAUCUCUCAAGAUACUUGAUACUUAGGACAGUUCCAGGCCAGAUUUACGGCUUUCUGAAUAUGUGACCGGCACUCACUAGAAGAUGGCUGUAGGGCUAAUCGUGAGGAGAUUCUCAAACCUCUUCUUAUUUGUGAUGACACUUUUAUCCCUGGGCAAAGGACUUCUAUUCAAUGACGAUGCACAGGUUCUGCCCAAUGAUCCAUUCUUUUUUGUUGGCGAGACGAUGAGUUUAACCUGUGAUUUUACCAGUGAUAGCUGGACAAACAACUCGGUUUUGUACUUUGUCAAAGACAAGGGAGGUGACCAUACACCCGGAUGUCCAGUUGAUGAGUUUGCUAAAGAGAUAACCAAGAGAAGCGAGGGAAAAUUUAUACAGUUAGUUCGUCCAAAUGUCACAUUUGACGAUGAUGGGAAGUACUACUGUAUAAAGUGUGACAAUAAGUCCAACUCUUAUGUUGUUGCUUGGCAAGUUCUUAAGGUUGACACUGUGCCAAAAAUGAUUGAAAACUUUUCUUGCUACUAUUUAAACCGAGAAAUGUUGGUAUGCAACUGGAGUCUUGGCGUUUCAUACAAAUAUAAUGAAUUAUUAAAUGUUUCCCUGUCAUUUAAGUAUAAUACAAAUUGGUCCACUCAUGAUGUUCCAGAAAAAACAUCAUGGUUCAGUAAAGGCUUUAGUGAUCGUCCAGUGCAAAUAAAGGUUGAAGUCAAACAUAGAAACAAAACAGCAGUGUUUAAAAGAGAAAUUGAUCCAAGUGAUUUGGUCAAGCCAACACCUGUAACUAACCUCAAGGCAAGACCAGUCAACAGUACAUGUACUGAAUUAUCCUGGAACCAUCCUAGUGGCAUGCCCAUGAAUUUUACCUACAUGUAUGAACACAAAACACAAUGGCAAACAGGUUUUUCUAUAAAGAAUUACACUGGAAUUAAUGCAAAGGAAAGUCGAUAUAGUACAAUUCUCUGUAACCUGAAACCUUUCUCAAAAUACACUGUCAAUUUGACAGUUCAUCCUUUGAAUAAAAAAGGAUUUCCAAGUGAUUUGACAUCAAACACAUUUACUACUACUGAAGAUGUGCCAUCAUCAGCUCCUAAAAUAUGUAUCGGCUGUUAUUAUGAAAGCAAGUGUUCUUGGGAAAGACUUGAAGAUUGCUACACAUUGGUUUGGAAAGAAUUAGAAGAAGAAUUAAAAAAUGGCAAUGUAAAUUACAGCAUUUCAGAAAGAAAUCUCUCUAUUAAUAAAACAACCACGAACAACUGGGUGGAAUUCUCUAAAUCACAAUUGCCAGCAAACCAGAGUCUACAAUUUUGUCUUCAGGCUUACACACAGAAGGGAUUUUCAAAAAAUUGUUCAGACUUGAUCAUACCAUCUAACAUCCUGAUGCCAAAUAACUCAGUGAAAUUCGUUGUUGAGAGAAAGAAUGAGUUUACUUAUUACCUGCACUGGACAGAUGAUAAGUUGACAUCUGGUAAUGACUUUCAGUCUACAAGCUACACCAUCAUUUGGUGCUCCAAUAACUGUCAGCUGGUGGAAUGGCAAAUUUUAUCUAGCAAUGAAUCUUCCUUGGAGAUAACUGUCAACAGUAGGUUUGGAAGAGAUGUUAAAAUAGGCAUCAGCCAAAGUGUUGUAAGGAAUGGAAAUGUAGUGAGCAGAGGAAUCUCCUGGGCUAGAUGCAUCUAUGAAUAUUAUCAGGGACCCAAACAACCAUACUGGAUUUUCAGUGAGCAAAAGCUGAUAAGGAGGAAUACAGAAGAAUGUACAGCUGGGUAUAUCAAGGGAUUUCAUAUUGAAUUUUGUCCAUCUACUAAGGGUAGUACAUGUUCAGGCCAGAAAAAAUCUGUAAAUGUUAGCAAUACAGUGCUUGAGUACUCAUGCAGGCUUUUGGCAUCUGAUAGGAUUUUUGUAAAUGUCACAGCCUUUACUUCAGCUGGCUAUGGAGAAUCACAGCUAGCAAAUAUCGAGUGUCAGGAUCCAUUAAUAUCUGAAGCAGAAGUCAACAUGUGGUGGAUUGUUAUUUGUAUAUGUCUGGUAAUUGCUCCUCUAAUUUUAUUUGCAUGUGUUGUAAGGGUUUGUUAUAUAAGGAAAAAGAAAGUGAUGAAAAGGUUUAAUACAACCAGCUUAAGCCCUGAGGAUGACUUUAUGAAAAGUUUUAAAAUAAAAAGCUCAUCAGCUUCUUCCAAUGAAGGUGAAAGUUCAAUGAAACCUUUACUUAAAUCUUUGGAUAACACAAGGUCUUCUGAUGACUGUAGCCUUGACCACAGUGUAGCCAGCAAAGGUUCGUCUUCUGCAGACAACACAGUUUUGAUAGGGUCUAAUGUUCAUGCAGGACUAGAAAACAAUGAAAGUGGCAUAAGUUCCCAAAAUGCACCUUCGGAAAUAGUAGUCAAUUCACAAGAAAACAGCAAUGUCACAUCUAAUGAUAACAAACGUAACAUUGAAGUUAACAGUAGUAGAGAAGGGAUGAAGAACAGCAGCAGUGGAGAUAUGUCAAGGGGUAAUGAUGAUCUUCAAAAUAGAAGUGGAAAUAAUUCACAUGACAGUGCUGCUACUAGUGCAAGUAGUUGUGAUUCUUAUUGCAAAAUGUUAAAAUAAGGAAGAAACAUUCUGAAAGACACAGAGUCCAGCAGUUUUAUUGAAUUCAUUGUUUCACCUAAGUUAGAGGCCAACUAUGUCUUCAAGGUUGUUAUGAGUUUGCAGUUUUUGAAUUCAAUUAAAACUAAAGUGAGAAAACUAUUCUCCUGUCUUCAAUGACAAGACUGAUUUUAAAAGAUUUAACUUUAUCAAGCUUGAAUAUAAUUUAUUUGCAUGUAGUAACUUAAAUACCUAUAUAUUAAUUGUGAUGCAAUAAUUUUUUAAAUUAAUUAUUGAAAUAGCUCAUAAGAAUAUAAUACAUUUUGUUGUUAGUAUUAGAAUUUAUUCUUUUAAAAAGAAUUAUUGAAAUAGCCUGUUUGGUGGUAGUAUCAUUAUCUUUAUAAUUAAGGGAUUAUCCAGCCCCUUCUAGCAUUUAAAGGUAUUUUAAGGUAAAUUUAUCAUUAUUUUGAUUACAAAUUAAGGGCUCAAACCUGCUGGUGGUUUUGCUUUCUGGCAGCUUGUUUAUAAUUUGCUGUUUAAUAAUAAUUUGUGUACAUGAGAUGGCUUAGCCAUGCUGGUAGAGGGCUGGGCUGCUUGAAAGUCUUUGAGUUUGGAAUUCCACUUAGCUACAUGGGUAUCUAACUGAGCUCAGGGAAAGUAAAGGUGGCUGGACACUGUAUUUUCCCUUCUAUUGAAAGCCAGGUGCUUAGGUGUAAUUUAAAAAAAAAGUUGGUUAGGCUAUAGCUUAAUGUUAGUUAACAAAUGUUAAUAGUGUCAAUAUUUAAAAGAAAAUCAUUUGCCACACAAUACCUAGGCAACUGAGAGUUCACUAGCACAGAAAAUCAAAUUGGUUUUGAAUUCUUGAACUUACACCCUGCAAAGCCACAUUUCCCAUCACCAAUUUCAGCCACAACAGUAUGACCACAUCUCAUUAAUCUUGGCCACAUCUCAUUAAUCUUGGCCUCAUCUCUUAAAUCUCCACCACAUCUCACUAAUCUCAGCCACAUCUCACUAAUCUCAGCCACAUCUCACUAAUCUCAGCCACAUCUUAUUUAUUUCCACCACAUUUUACUAAUCUCAACCGAACCUCAGGUAUACAGGGUGACAGUUUGCAUAAAUCCAUUUUGAUUAUUUAUUACAUUGUUAUGUGUGUUAUUAUUAAUGCAAAUAACACAUGGUUUCAUAUUCAUUUACCAGUCAUUGUUAUUAUUACUAUGUUUUUUCAAACAAUUAAUAUAUAAGGUGAAGUAUGGGCCCAUUGAUCUCAUUAUGGUACUGUAUGUAUGUUGAACUAGAGUUUUUGUGUAAAAACAUUUCUUUUGAUGUUAAUAGAUUUUUUUCUCUACAGAUGUUCAUUAACUAUUUAUAUUAAAUACUUUACAAAGUAAAAAAUUUCGCAGUGUUUUUAAUUUUUUAAAUAUUGCAUUGCUUUGAUUGUUUUAAUGCAUUGAAAUGAACUUUUAAUUUUUUAAAAAUAUCAGUUAGAAAUGUAUAUUUUAUAUUCUUCCUUAUAGAUAAUAUAUUUUUAAAAUUAUAACAAUUGUUUAAAUUUUUAAAAUUGUUUCUGUACAAUAUUUCUAAUGUUUAAAUCUCAUGAUUGAAAAUAUAAAAAAUCUAUAGGCUUAGCCCACUAAAGUAGUAAAGUAAAGCAUGAAUAAUAAUGACACAGAAUCAAUAUUAAAAUGGUUUAAUUAAUACAUAUUAUAGCAAAGAUUUACAGAUCCUCAGAUAAACUAAUGAACAGUGCCAUAAGUUGGAGACAUCAUCAAAAGUCUGUGUGAUUAUCAAAAACAUUCUCCAUUUUUUAUUUAUAUAAUAAAAUAUUUGCUUUUACUAAUGAAGAUGAAAACACCAUCUCAUGUUUAUUUCUUGGUGUUUACUAUUGUUAUUGUGUUCCACUAAUACACAAUGUAAGAUGUGCUAUAUGAUAUCACUGAGAGUGACUUGAAGGCCAAAAGAUAUACCGAUUAUUAUAAUUAUAUUUUCUACAAUAACAAACACAAUAUAGAAAAAAGAAGCUUAUUUCUACAAUAUAUUUAAGUCAAUUACAUGUUUAGACUAUUAUGUAAAAUGUUUAUUUAUAUUAUUAUGUAAAAAGAUUAUUUAGAUUAUUGUGUAAAAAGUUUAGUUAUAUUGUUAUGUAAAUAUUGUAUUGUACAGCAGAAUUAAAGCAGAUACAACACCACAAUUUUACUAAAGCAGUACUAGAUUAAUAAUAAUGGUUAUAUUGAAAAUACAAAGUGAUUAAAUAUACAAGAUAUAUAUUUUUGUAAGUCUAACUUGGCAGCAAUUAACAUACAUAACUAAAAAUAUUUGUAUUUUUAAUCUGUUA